AUGCAACGACCAGAGGCCAAAGCCCGGCGGCAUAACCGACUGGUCAUUUUGGGAAUGUGGGCUGUAGCCUUGCUGCUCACCUCGAGAAGCUCAUCGAUGUGCGUAGGCCGCAUAGGAGGGCAGGAGCAUGGCAGCUCUGGCCGAACCUUGCGAUCCAGCACUGGCCCGCGCAGGCGCGGAGCACCAAAGCCGAUGAGGGGUCGGGCUGAUCCAAGGGUGCUGACCGCCAAGAUCUCGAGGGCGGAAUCUGCCGCAGCUCUCCUUGAUCUUGUGGACAAGGAGGUGGACGACAGCUUGAAUGAGUUCCACUUGUCAGCAGCAUUUAGCCGGCUGGCCAAGUUCAGCCAAAGGAAAGAUGCUGCCAGCCCUGUUUGGCCCAGACUGGUGGGCCGCCUCUCGGCCAUGCUUCAGGAGGACAUGCUCCCUGCACGGGGUGCGGCCAACAUCUUCUGGGCGAAUGGUAUACUUUCUGAGAAAGUGAGAGAGUGCGACGAGGAGCUGCUGAUGGAGUUGGCCGGCUAUGUAGAAAGUCGUGCGGACACCAUGAACCCGCAAGAGCUGUCCAACUGCUUUGUGACUGGAGUGAAGGUCGGGAAUGCAUCUCCGGAAGUGCAUUCUGCAAUGAAAGCCAUUGCAGAGUGCCUGAGGCACAAGGUGCAAGGGAUGGAGCCCCAAGAGUUGUCAAACAGUCUGUGGGCAGCUGCAAAACUUCAGCAUUCGGUGCCGCAGGUGCUGACAGCUGUGCCAGCCAUCGCAGGGCGCCUCCCGUGCAAGGUAGAAGACAUGAUUCCUCAACAUUUAUCAAACAGCCUCUGGGCCGCUGCAAAGUUGCAAGAUGCCGUGCCGCAAGUGCUGACAGCCGUGGCAGCCAUCGCAGGGCGCAUACCACACAAGGUAGAAGGCAUGAACCCCCAGGAGUUGUCAAACAGCUUAUGGGCGGCUGCGAAUCUUCAAGAUGCUGCAUCACAAGUGCUGGCAGCCGUGCCAGCCAUCGCAGAGCACAUGCCGCGCAAGGUAGAAAGUAUGAGUCCUCAGCAUUUGUCGAACAGCUUGUGGGCACUUGCGAAUUUGCACGAUGCCGCACCACAAGUGCUGACGGCUGUGCCAGCCAUUGCACAUGGCAUGACUAAGAAGGUAAAAGGCAUGAUCCCUCAACAAUUGUCGAACAGCCUGUGGGCAGCCGCGAAGUUGCAAAAUGCCGCACCACAAGUGCUGACAGCAGUGCCAGCCAUUGCAGAGCACGUGCCGCACAAGGCGAGGGACUUCAAUCCCCAGGAUUUGUCCAACAGUUUGUGGGCAGCUGCGAAGUUGCAAGAUGCUGCGCCACAAGUUCUGAGAGCCGUGCCAGCCAUUGCAGAGUGUGUGGCGGAGCAGGCGAGGCACCUCAGUUCUCAGCAUCUGUCAAACUGUUUGUGGGCAGCUGCGAAUCUACAAGAUACUGCACCGCAGGUACUGACAGCUGUGCCAGCCAUCGCAGAGCAUGUGCCUCACAAGGUGACGGAAUUCGCCCCCCAAGGAUUGGCGAACAGCCUGUGGGCAGUUGCGAACCUUCAAGAUACUGCGCCGCAAGUGCUGACAGCCGUGCCAGCCAUCGCAGAGCGCAUGCCGCGCAAGGUAAAAAGCAUGAAGCCCCAAGAGUUGUCAAACAGUCUGUGGGCAGCUGCGACUCUGAAAGAUGCCGCACCUCAUGUGCUGACCGCUGUGGCAGCCAUCGCAGAGCAUGUGCCACACAAGGUGAGGGACUUCGAUCCGCAAGGGUUGUCGAACAGCCUGUGGGCAGCUGCAAAGUUACAAGAUUCCGCGCCGCAAGUGCUGACAGCUUUGCCAGCCAUCGCAGAGCUUGUGCGGAAUUUGAUCCGCAAGGAUUGUCGAACAGGCUUUGGGCAGCUGCGAAUUUGUCAGAUCCCGAAACACAUGGGUGCUGACAGCUGA